AUGGCCGAUGCACCAACAUCAGCGCGCCAUUUCGCAACAGCGUCAACAGCGACUCCCAACACGACGAAGCCGCCCGAGAAAGCAUUUGGCAUUCUCCCACAAACCCUCACCCUGCACUCCACAACCCUCGUAAACGACGAUACCGCACUCCUGACUUUCUCCCUCCCGCAAGGCUCAUCAGGAUCACCUCAAGUUUCAGGUCUCCCUUUGACAUCGACCCUUCUGUCCCUAACAUGGCCAAGCGGCUCCUGGACGCCCAUUGUGCGCCCAUAUACUCCCGUCUCGUCUUCCUCGACCCCUGGCGAGAUACAAUUUCUCAUCAAAAAGUACCCUGGCGGAAAGGUGAGUUCGCAUAUGCAUUCCUUGAAGCCAGGAGAUACAGUGCGCUUCGUGGCCGUUCCGGGCGCGAAACAUGUGCCCUCGACGAAUGAGAUGAAACCAGCGCGCGUCUCAAUGAUCGCAGGCGGUGCAGGCAUAACUCCCAUGCUGCAACUCAUCCGCGGGAUAUUGGGCAAUCCAGAUGAUUAUACGCGGAUUCGACUUUUAUGGGGUGUGAAUACACCCUCGGAUGCGUAUCUAAUGGAUGAGUUCGCGGCGCUGAAAUUGAGGUUCCCGGGAAGAUUUGAUGUGCGGUAUGUGGUUAGUAAGGCAGACGAAGUCCAAUCUCAAACGGAAAAGGGUCGGAUUGAUGGCGCGCUACUGGCCAAGUUGAGGUGGGCGCCGAAAUGCAGUGAGGAGAAGGUGUAUGUGUGCGGGCCGCCGGGAAUGGAGGAGAGCUUGGUGGGGAAACAAGGAGUUCUAAUUGAGAUGGGUUAUAGGAAAGGGCAGGUUGUGAAAUUUUGA